UCUGCUUUGCUGAGUUAAGCUGCUUCACCAACAACACAAUGCAUCAUUCUCGCAUUACUGUGCUGACAAAUUCACUCUGGCAGGCAGGCACACCCCACUCAGGGAGACCACAGUUACCAAGUGACAACACAAACACAUGAACUCAAAAGCCCGCUGAAGAAAACCAAAAGACUACAAGAAGAAUGUCACACAAGUCAAAGUUAGAGUCCUGUCAGGCUCACACCAGGCCUGAUGUCCUGGAGGGUCGUGUGAGCACUCAGGACGGGACGCUGGCUGUGCUGCUGGAUCAGGCUUUUAGGAUCAAAGAGGAGGUGGCAGCGAGUCUGCGGUCCACCCAGGGCUCUGUGCAAGUGGAGGCACUUUCCCGCAAGCUGCUGGAAAAUCACAUACUGACAAUCACCCGCAUUGUCAAGCAGCUUAGCACAGACAUACAGGCUCUGGAGAGAGGGAUCGCCCAGCGGGACUCUGUCACCUGUGGCACCACAAUGGCUGUUCAGAGCCUGGACCAGAAGAACAUGGCUGGAAUUGGAGACCUGCGAGGAAGAAUAGCCAGGUGUGACGCCUGCAUCGCCAAGCUCAGCGCCGAUGCGAGCUCUGGGGAGCGGCAGCUGAUUAGACUGCAGCAGGAGGUGGCAGAGCUCAGGUCAGCUGUCGAUCGACGGAUCCAGGAGCUGGAAGUCAAGCUUCAUUAUGACCUGGAAAGACUGGAGGCCUCAUUGUCAGAACAUUCCCAGGGCCAAAGGAAGUGCCUGUCUGAUCUGCAUGCACAAGUUAAACUACUAGAAGCCAGGAUGUCGGGUGAACUGAAGGAAGCCAAGGAGCAGACAGAUUCGCUGAGGAAGUGGACAGAACAGGAGAUCAUCAGCUCAGUCCAGCGCUGCACACAACAGCAGGACAAAAUGUUAGGGUCAGUUUCCAGACUGGCUGACCAGCUACGUGCUCUGCAGUCGCGUGUGGAGCACUUUGAAACUCGGUUGGAGCAGGUCGGACGCAGUCAGGCAGAUCAGCUGAAAUGCACUGAAACCAAACUCAGUAAGAGAACGACCUCAGUGGAGAGCAGCCUUCAUCAGGAGCUGCAGCUGCUCAAACAGGAAUACCACAAAGGGUUCCUGUCUGUGCGUGAUGCCAUUGAGUCCCUGAGGCAGAUAGGAGACAUUAAAUCCCACCUUGACAGGAAGCAGUUUCAGAAGGAUAUCAGGGACAUCUGCAGCAAGGAGGCAGAGCUCAAUGACUUGUGA